ACCCUAUCUCUUAAGAAGUGUAAAGACAGGUGGCGUUUCUUAAUCUUGAAUCUGUGAAAUUACAUUGUAGCAGAAACAGAUUCUUUUUCCGACAAAACAUGGGAGAUGUUGAGGAGAAGAAGAAAGUACUUCCUAUGUCUGAACCAGAAAAAUCCACACCGAUUAAGUAUCGUUUCUGCAAGUCAUGUGGUGAAGGAAGUAGUUGCAGGACAGUGAGGUCAAGAACAAAGCUUAUGAACGUUUUGAUAGAACGUGGACGGCCUCACGAGGCUCAAACUGUUUUCAAAACAUUGGCAGAGACGGGUCAUAGACCGUCUUUGAUCAGUUACACAACUCUUUUAGCUGCAAUGACGGUUCAGAAGCAGUAUGGUUCCUUAAGCUCUAUAGUCUCUGAAGUGGAACAGAGCGGGACAAAGCCUGAUUCCAUCUUCUUCAAUGCUGUAAUUAACGCUUUCUCUGAGUCCGGUAACAUGGAAGAUGCGGUGCAGGCUCUGUUGAAAAUGAAAGAACUUGGUCUAAAUCCAACUACGAGUACUUACAACACUUUGAUUAAAGGGUAUGGGAUUGCAGGUAAGCCUGAGAGAUCAUCUGCGUUACUGGAUCUUAUGUUGGAGGAGAGCAACGUCGAUGUUAGACCGAAUAUAAGGACGUUUAAUGUGCUGGUGCAAGCCUGGUGCAAGAAGAAGAAGGUGGAGGAGGCGUGGGAAGUGGUGCAUAAGAUGGAAGAGUGUGGAGUUAGGCCGGAUACGGUGACUUAUAACACGAUUGCAACUUGUUAUGUGCAGAAAGGAGAGACUGUGAGAGCUGAGAGUGAGGUGGUUGAGAAGAUGGUUAUGAAGGAGAAGGCUAAACCAAACGGAAGGACUUGUGGGAUAGUUGUGGGAGGGUAUUGCAGAGAAGGGAGAGUGAGAGAUGGUUUGAGGUUUGUCCGGAGAAUGAAGGAAAUGAGAGUUGAAGCGAACCUCGUGGUCUUCAAUUCCUUGAUAAAUGGCUUUGUUGAAGUCAUGGACCGUGAUGGUAUCGAUGAGGUUCUUACCUUGAUGAAGGAGUGUAACGUGAAGGCUGAUGUAAUCACGUACAGUACUGUGAUGAACGCUUGGAGCUCAGCUGGAUACAUGGAGAAAGCUGCACAAGUGUUUAAAGAAAUGGUUAAAGCAGGAGUCAAACCAGACGCUCACGCUUACAGCAUUUUAGCGAAAGGGUACGUUAGAGCAAAAGAGCCAAAGAAAGCUGAGGAGCUUCUUGAGACAUUGAUAGUUGAAUCCAGGCCUAACGUUGUGAUCUUCACCACGGUGAUCAGCGGCUGGUGUAGCAGCGGAAGUAUGGAUGAUGCAAUGAGGGUUUUCAACAAAAUGUGCAAGUUCGGGGUUUCGCCAAAUAUAAAGACGUUUGAGACGUUGAUGUGGGGAUACCUAGAGGUGAAGCAACCAUGGAAAGCAGAAGAGGUUUUGCAGAUGAUGAGAGGGUUUGGUGUGAAGCCUGAGAAUUCCACCUUCUUGCUGUUAGCAGAAGCUUGGCGUGUCGCGGGACUCACUGAUGAGUCGAACAAAGCUAUCAAUGCAUUGAAAUGUAAGGACAUAGAGAUCGCAAAGUUAGAGAAGCUGUACCAAAAACAGUCCUCUGGUAGUAGUUUGAAUCUAUUGCAGAUUCCAGUCGGGAAACGGGAGCUUCCAACCGCAAAAGCGAUGAAUCUUUCUGCUUGUAAACUCGGAGCUCGAGUGCCAAUCAUAUGCCAGAAGCAGUCCCAAGCACAGUUUGGGAUCAGUGGACAGUUUGUACAUUCUUGUACAGUGUUCUUGAACUGAAGCCAGAGAUUUGGCUUUUCUUUUCUUCUGUUGAAAUUCCAGAGUCAAUACUUUGAGAACUCUCACUAUAUGUACAUUACAGCAGAAUGUUCUUGUAUAUAAAAAAAAAGUAUUGUACAGUUGCUAUUUUCAAUAA